AUGAAGUAUGGAAAGCAGCUCCAGACCAGAGCGUAUGGGCCCUGGAUGGACAAGUAUAUGGCAUACGGCAAGAUGAAGAGAAUGAUCAACCGUUACAACUUCGUGAGGAUGGAGCGACGAGAGGGCGAAGAGGACGCGGAGCUGCAGUUCGCCCGAAAAGAAGCUGCCUGGGCGGCAGAGGCUGCGGCUUCUUCUUCCCCUCCGUCGCUGCAGCCUCACGACGUCUCGGAGAGAACCCCCCUUCAGCAGGAGACUGAUCCCGGAGGGGGGCAGGGGGCGCCUGCGGGGCACAGCAAAAUCGUGAGCGCGUCGUGUGAGACGGCGGGAGAGGGGGAACCCCUGCGUCCUUCGUCGCCGAGCUCGUUCAACAAGGAGAUUGUCGAGGACCACGCCAAUUACGUCCGGAUGAAGCGGCAGGAGAGUGCUGAGGAGGGCAUGACAGCGGCAGCAGAGUUCUUUGGCGCGAUCGACCAGGAGUUGCAUAAGGUGGAAGAGUUUUACAAGGGGAAGUACGCAGAGCUCGACCAAAUUCUUCGAGAUUUUGAGGCCAGGGGGAACAUGAUGAACUCCUGGGCCGUUCCGUCGGGAAACACCCUGACCCCGUUCUUCGAGGCGUACUCAGAGAUCACAGCGCUGGGCGCGUUCUCGGAAAUGAACGGUGAGGGGUUCCGCAAGAUCGUGAAAAAGUACGACAAGACGAUGGGUACCGACUUCCUCACCAGCUUCUUGGAGAGGCUGCGCCGGCAAGAGUUUUACCAGUCCAAGGGGCCGGACUCGCUCCUCGAGCGGCUGCAAGGAAUGGUCUCCCGCGACAAGCUCUUGGACAUGAAGCGUCACGCGGAGUUAGCGCAAAUGGACUCGUCUCAAAAAGAGGUUUUCACGGCGGUCAAGUUUACCCCCCUCGUCGUCUCCCUGCUGUGCUUGACGAUGCUGGUGUUCGUUACCAGUCUGUGGGUCACGGAGGCUACACCCUACUUCGUGACGGCGCUUCUUAUCCCAGUGCUGGUGGUGCUCAUGGACAUCAUGGAGAACUCUCACGGAGAGGACAAGAAGAGAACGACGGCGGCCCACCUGGUGCUGUCUGCCAUGGUUGACCACACGACGAUUCUCAUCAUGGGCGGGUACGCCAUAUCCGCUGCUUUCUCCAGGUGCGAGAUCGAGCUGCGGAUCGCGGCGCUGCUGCAGGCUCACCUCGGGGGCAGGCCUCGUCUCUUCAUCCUCGGCAUCAUGUACCUCGGAUUGUUUCUCUCCACGUUGAUCAGCAACCACACAGCCCCCGUCCUGUGCGUGUCGAUCUUGAUGCCCAUCAUCAGAGACUUCCAUGUAGACAGCAAGUUUGCCAAGGCCCUGCUGCUGGGGCUAGCGUUCGCGUGCAACUUCGGCGGCAUGGUGACUCCCAUCUCUUCCAUGCAGAACGUGGUGGCCCGGCAGGCACUCGAGAACGCCGGGUUCACGAUAUCCUUCGGCACCUGGAUCGCCGUGGGCAUCCCCUUCUGCGUCCUCUGCGUGUUCAUUGCGUGGGUGGUGGUGUGCGUCGUGGUGAACCCGAACGACGUGGACAGCAUCCCGAUGAUCGUGCACUCCCGGGGCGACGCGGUCUCGCGGAAGAAUGUCUUCAUCAUAUCCCUCACCCUGCUGACGAUCUUCGGGUGGAGCACUAUCGGGGAGACGGAGGGGUUCUUCGGCGACGUCGGGAUCAUCGCCCUCCUCUUCAUCAUCGUCGCCUUCGGCUCCGGCAUCCUGAGCGAGGUGGACUUUAACUCCUUCUCGUGGCACACUCUCUUCCUGCUGGGAGGAGGCAACGUGCUGGGGAAGGCGAUCGCUUCGAGUCGACUGCUCGAUUACUUGGCCCACUGCAUUGUCGAUCUGCUGCCGAAGGACAACAGCUUUCUCCUCCUCGUCGAGGUGGUGUGCGUGACGAUGUGCAUCUCCACGUUCGUGAGCCACACGGUCGCGGCCCUCAUCCUUAUGCCCCUCAUCGUGGAGGUCGGGGUCAAGUGCGGCAACCCCAUCCUCCUUGGCGCGGCCGCCGCCCUUGCCGUCUCCUCCGGGUGCGCGCUCCCCUUCUCCUCCUUCCCGAACGUGACCGCUCUCCUGGUCACCGACGACUACCAGCGGAAGUACCUCAGGGUGCCCGAUUUCCUCGCCUCGGGGCUGCCCAUGUCGCUGGUCUCGGUGGUGCUCAUCAGCACCUUCGGCUACGCGCUGAUCGAGCUGGUGGUCAUCCCGGAGGUGAAGCUAGGGGCGGACGACGACGACGGGGGCACCUUCGACGAGGCUCUGGCGGGACCACGAUCGAUCCCCAAGUCGAUCAGCCAGCUGUCGCAGCUCUGCAUCCUCAGCCUUCGAGGGAACAACUUGAAAGGAGACAUCAUCCCAGAGCUGGGCUGUCUGACAGCGCUGCAGACCCUAAGCCUGCGGGACAACCACUUCAGCGGCGUGAUUCCGCCCGAGUUGGGACAGCUCACGGCCCUGAG